AUAUACGCCCAAAUCCCUCACACGAGUGAAAACAUCAUUCGGCGACGCACCUACUUACUAAAACUCGUUAUCGGUUUAUAGACGACAGUAGUAUUCUCUCGGCCGUGUUUCACAGUCAUCAUCAACAUGAAAUCUACUUUGUUUGUUUUAGGAAUAUUUGUCUUCGUUAGUUUUGCUGCAGCGGAUGACGACGAUCCACCUCAAUAUGCGUCGAAUUACUGUGCUACUAGCCUGGGUGGAUUUAUGGGCCACCAGUGGAACUGUAACGUAUUCUACCAGUGCGAACACAAGAAGGCGACCCGGCUGUUGUGCUCAAAAGAUACGUUUUUCGACACGACGCUGAACCGAUGCAGAAUUGCGGCCGACGUUAAGAGCAACGACUGCGACAUCGACGCGUAUCUCGCGCGCAUGGAAGCGGCGGACAGCGAACCGGAACCGGAACCGGAACAGACGCCCAACGAGGUCGCGCCAAAGAAACAGCUGAAGUCUAAGGAUGGGAAGAACGCUGCAUCUGCCAUCAGCUCAAUGGCUGUCGUCUGCUUGUUCUGCGUUAUUCUGAGUCUCUAGAUGAGAAGGAAAGCACCCACUACCAGGCUUGCACGCUAGCGUGUUGAUGAGCACCAGACAAGUUCUAGCACCUUCAAUGUAAAUGGCCACUAAAUGGUUGUUUAGACACAACGUGUAACGCUGCAGGGCAGCUUAACUUAACGAACGAAAUCUGAAUUCGCUGGAACAGCGCUUUAAUAACAAUAUGUUAUGCACAUCUACUCAAUGAUUGUUUCUGUAGUAGCGGACCCCCUGUUUGAGCCUGCACAAGCCACACAUCGGUCUUUUGCAGGUGCCGAGGUCUGCUACGCAGGUUAUCACAGUGACUAUAACUAUGCUAUGUUUCGUCCCAUUCUAGAGGUUUUGCGUUCUGAUCCUAUGAGGCAGUUUCAGGGUUGUGCGUUUUCGGUGAUAUCAACAGUAAAUUCUACACAAUAUCAGACUUCCGACAAUUGCUGCAAUUAUACGAAUAAUACCGGAUGUAUAAAAUACCGUUAAAAAUAGAAAAAAAGUCCGAGUUUAUCGCACCAUGUGUCUUUAUAUAUUCGGACACGGUAUUAGUCUGCAAGAAAGUCUGCAAGUGAGAAUUUACACGUUUCUGCAAUGCACAUGCAGUCUUGAAUAUGAUUAAUUGCUACUGAGUCUAGCAAAACGUAAAUAACGAACCUAUGACGGAAUGACCCGCUCGUUGAUAGGAUUAGGCCUACUAGAUAGAGCCCACCGAAUUUCAUUAGUGAUCUAUAGCGAAUAAUAUGGCCAUCACUCUUCAUAGAUAAUUUAUCUAGAAAAAUUCUUCCAAGUAUUAAGAUUUAAUAAAAAUCACUGAUGAGUUAUAUAUUUAUUAUGCAAAGUUGUAAUGAAGUUAGGGACAAAAUUUUCCUGAAUACCUACCAACAAUAUGUUGUAUAAUUGCAUUUUUACAUGGUUUUCCAACUCGAACUUACAAUAAACAGUUUACACUA